AUUUAUUCAAAAAUUGCAAACAUAUACUAUAAAAUAUUUUUAAUUAUUAUGCAUAUUUAAUUAUUAAUAUUAAUAUUAUUUCAAAUUUUUUGUUUUAAUUUGAUAAGAUAGAUAUAAAAAUAAAAUGAUAAAAAAAUACAAAGGGUUUAAUGGUAUAGGGAUAUCUAUUAUUAAUUAUAAAGAUGGAAAAGAAGAGAAAAAGAGAAUUAAGAAUAUAAUUGAAGACGAUAAGAAAGGAGAAAGGAAGGAAGAUGUUUUAGAUAUUGAUAAAGAUAGUGAUAAAAGUAUGGAUGAGAUAAAUGAGAUUGAUGAAUGUAAUAAUCCAAGUAGUAAUGGGAAUGAGUGUUUUGGUGGUAAGAAAUUUUUUAAAGUAAUUGGAUUAAUUUAUGGUAAUAACAAUAAUAAUAAUAAUAAAGAAGAAAAAGAAUUUACUCUGUCAGAGAAGAAAAAGUAUAAUGAAAAUGGUAAAUUGAUUGAACCCUCCCAAAAAAUAGAAGAUAAAGACAGAGAUAGCGAUAAAGAUAACGAUAGAAAAUAUUAUGAAGAAUAUGAAAUUGAUGAUCAACGAGAGAGGUAUCGAUAUGAAAAAGAGAUGUUUGAGUACAAUAAAAUGAUGAAACAAGUUGAAGAAGGGUUGUAUGAGAGAAAAGAGUUUUCGAGAAAUGGACAUGAUCACCAGUAUGAUUACAGUUAUAAUUCUUGCUAUAAUUACGACUACAAGAAGCAAUGGACAAUGGACAAUGUUUCAAAUGAUAAAAACAAGAAAACUGGUAAAAAUGGUGAAAGGAGGAAAAAAGCGAGAGAGACGGCUGAGCAAAGACGCAAUCAGAUAGAAGAACCAGCUCGAGAGGAAAAAGCAGCAGGGGAAGCAGAAGCUAAGGGAAGAGUGUUGGAGAAAGUGUGCAGCACAUUUCCCAGAGAAAAGGUGUUCGCGAUGGGCAAGUUCAAGGGCGUGGUAGACGACCGCAGCAGACGCUGUAUGGCGGG